AUGAAGCGCGUCCGAUACCUUCCUUCGAAAAUUCCGAUCAUAGGUAACACAUUGGAACUACUGAGCAACUCGAGACGAAUGCACGACUGGAUUACCGACCAAAUCGUACGAUUUGCCGGUGAGCCAUUCCUUCUUAGUCUACCAGGCAAGGACGAUAUGAUGUUUAUUGCGAAACCAGAGCAUAUCGAACAGGUGCUCAAGACGCAAUUUGACAACUUUCCCAAGAGCCAGCACAUUCACGACGUUUUCUUUGAUUUGCUAGGCGAUAGCAUAGUCACUACCAAUGGCGAGACAUGGAAGCGUCAGCGUCGGGUGCUUGUAAACCUCUUUAGCGCUCGCGCGCUUCGCGAGCACAUGACGCCAAUCUCACUGAAAUAUUUAGCUCAAUUACAUCAUAUUUUUGAGAUUGCAGAAGCAUCCAAGACAACGAUAGAUGUAUUUGGAUUGAUGCAUCGUUACACGCUCGAUGUGUUUGCAGAAAUCGGUUUUGGUACUGAGAUGAAGCUACUUGAAGGCCGCUUCGAACCAUUUGCCAAAGCGAUCGAGGAUUCUCAAUAUAUUGUGUCGGCCCGUUUCAAACAACUUGAUGCACUCUGGAAAAUUAAGCGCUGGCUUAAUAUCGACAGUGAGAAAAAGUUGCGUCAUGCUAUUCAAAUUAUUGACGAGCACAUUAUGCAAAUCGUGUCUGGAGCGAUCCAGCGCCGUCAAGAGCGUCAGGAAGCCAAAUCAACAGGCAAUGACGUCAAGUCUAUCGACAGAGAUAUAGUAUCAAUCAUUUUAGAGACAAUUGAGACUAACAAUGAUAUCAUUGACCCCGUCGAGGUACGCAACAUUGCGGUAGCAGCGCUAAUCGCUGGUCGCGACACUACAGCAGAUGCUUUAAGCUGGUUAUUUUACAUGCUAAGCGAGAAUCCUAGCGUUGAGGCCAAACUGCGCUUCGAGUUACUGAAGCAUAUGCCAAAUCUUGCCACAGAUACAAAGCACGUUCCUUCCGUGGAGGAGCUGAAUCAGGUACCAUUUCUCGAAGCAACAAUUCGGGAAUUGCUUAGGCUUAUGCCUGUUGGUCCGAUAAUUGCCACACAUUGUGUCCGUGACACUGUCUUUCCAGAUGGCACGUUUGUACCAAAGAAAACGGAUAUUGGUAUUGCAUUCUAUACGACUGGUCGCCUCACUAGCGUCUGGGGUGAAGACGCCUUACAUUUUAAACCAGAGCGUUUUCUCGAUGCGGAGACGGGCGAUGUUUUAAAAGUAUCUUCGUCCAAAUUUUGUGCAUUCAGUGCUGGUCCACGCACCUGCGUGGGGCGUAAUUUGGCUUACCUUGAAAUGAAGAUUGUCAUUGCCACCAUCGUGAGCCGCUUCCACCUUGUGCGACAACCCGACCAGCCAAAGCCUAUGUAUACACAGGGAAUUACGUUAGGCAUGCAGGCCCCACUCUUCAUGCGGGUUGAGGCGGUCACAAACUAG